AUGACACAUGAAUAUGAAUAUAGAUAUUAUUGGACACUGAAUGGUAAACGUAUCAACUGGAUCAAACCAUACCAGCCAGUUAAAACAACACCAACAACAACAUCACAACAAGUAUUAUCACAAUCAAUUGAUACUUCGUUAUCAGAUGAAGAGAAAAAUCAGUUCAAUUUGAAUGAUUCAUAUACUCUGAUGAUGAUGAUGAAUGAUGAAUCAGGUUUAUGGUAUUUCGAUGUACAAAACAAAGUGCCGCAUAAUGUAAUCAUAACUGGAAUAUAUCAAUGUAUAGCUAUAAAUGCGUUUGGUAAAGCUUUAUCAAUGCCAAUGAGAUUAGAAAUUGCACUUUUAUUUCCAUUUGUAGAUAAUUUAACAUUACAAAAUGAUUUUGAUCAUAAUGAUCGACUGAAUAUAUCAUCAACCUCAUCACCAUCAUCAACAUCAUCCUCAUCCUCUUUGUCAUUCAAUAAUGAAAGUUUAAUGAUUUUCAACUUGACACCAAGUGAUACUGGCCUGUAUACAUGUAUAGCUAGUACACAGUUGGAUAGUACAAAUGCUUCUAUUCAUUUGAUAAUUCAAGGACGUCCACAACCACCGAAAUCUGUUAAAUUAACAUGUAAUCAUCGUAAUACAUUAUCGCCUUACGUCAUGUUAACAUGGGAAAUCGGUGAGACGAAUAAUGCACCAGUGGAAAAAGUUUUAAUUACUUAUAUUACAGGAUUUUAUCGUCCUAUGGAAGGUUUUUCUUCAUUCAAACAAAAUACUAAUGAUCACGUUACAUUAUUCAAUAGUGAAGAUUUCAAUCAUCACAUCAAAAGCAAUCACAAUAAUCUUUAUUGGUUAAAUAAAACUGCGUUAGAAAUAGCUCAAACCAUGAUCAACCAAGCUAUACUCAAAGAUCAAUGGCAUUCAAGUGAUCUUGUACCAGAAAUAAAAGUUAUUGAAUAUUUAAAAAGUAAAAAUCAUUCGUUACAAGAAUUGAAUAUUGAUCAUCAUAGGAAUUCAGCGAAACUUCCAUUGAACAUUGGACGUGCAUUUAUUCGAUUAAACUCUGAUGUCAUUUAUCAUUUUCGUAUUGAAUUAUUAAAUCAUGUGGGUAAAUCCUCACCAAGUGAUAUUAUACCAAAAUUGACAGUUGAACAAAAUGAAUUAUGUAUACUUCCACCGGAACCAACUUUAAAUAAUCCGGAAUAUUUGAUUGUUUACGGAAAUAAACCAAAUAAUUUGAUUAUACAAUGGAAGCCAUUGGAUCCUAUGGAACAUAAUGGUCCCGGUUUAAUUUAUCGUUUCACCAUUCAUUGUUUAGACUGUAUAUAUGGUCCUUCAAAAAAUGUAUUGAAUUAUACGAUUGUGAGAAAUUGGUCUAAAAAUCGAUUAGAAUUGAUGGAUUUGAUUACACCACGACUAUCAUCCAAUAAUAUUGAACGAAACGAGACUGAUACAUGGAGUAUAGAAACUUUUCGUACAUAUCAAGUUACUUUACGAGCUGAAAAUUAUUUAGGUUCUUAUGGAAUCAAACCAUUAUUAGUUACUGGACGUUCCGGUGAAGAUAUACCACAAUUCGCUCCAACACAAUUAAGAAUCCUAAAUAUUGGUUCAAACCAUCUGCUACUCAGUUGGAAAAUGAUUAAAGAUAUUGAUUUUACAUUGAAAAUUAAUGGUAUCUUUCAAGGAUUUCGAGUGGAAUGGUGUGAUGCAGAUUUAUCAAAUGAUUCUUGUGAAUUUUAUAAAAAAUUUCAGGAUUACAUUCUUGAACAGCCACCGCAAUGGUCAUUUCCACAUCUACGUCGAAAGUCUACAAUAUUAUUAGAAAAAAUCGAUUCUACUACUACUACUACUACUGAUAAUAAUAAUAGUAAUAAUGAGAUGAAUGUUAAAAAUAUCUCGGCUACUGCAUCUUCUCCAUUGGAACAUUUACAUUCAAAUAUUAAAUUUGAAAAUGAUCAUUAUAAAGCUUAUUUAAAUGAAUUACCCGGGAAAACAAAAUUAAAACUAUGGGUUCGUAUAUUGAAUAUACAAUAUGCUGGACCAGAAAGUGAUGCAAUCAUUGUUGAAACAAAAGAAGGUGUACCAGAAAAAGUAUCCGAAUUAACAAUCACAUUUAUUGGUGUCAAUCAUAUUGAAGUAUCAUGGAUUAAACCGAUCAUUUUAAAUGGACAAUUAAUUUCAUAUGAUUUAGAAAUAUAUUUAAAUAAUUUCACUGAAACCAAUAAACUAUUUGCACACAAUUCACAAAUGAUCUCAUCUAUCACAAUUAACGAUCCAGAACAAUGUGCAACACGAAUAGCCGGUUUAAAAAUGAACACUUAUUAUUCAUUAUUUAUUUGGGCUAGAACAGCUGUUGGACGUGGUCAACCAGCAUUUGUGAAUUUUCGUACUGCAACACUAAGUCAAGAUUAUGGUCAUAUUCCUUUUAAAAUCAGCUCCAUUGAAGGUCAUGUGAAUGCAUUGAAUUUAACAUUGAUCACACCGUUAUCUUCAACAUUGAAUAAUGAUUUAAACAGCUCAGAAUUAGUGAAUGAUAAUACAAAUUCCUCUUCGUCCUCUUCAUCAUCAUCGUCACCGACAAUCCCAUUGACAAUUGAACAAAAUACUAAAACACGCUUCAAUGUAAACACUGUUGACGAACCAAUUAGAAAGUUCAAUCAUCAUCAAUUCAAAUCACAAUUUAUGUUCUAUGUUCAAUUUCGUCAAUUAGGCACAGAAAUUUGGGAAGAAACUCAACGUGAAUUAUACAAUUCAUGGGUUGUUUUAAGUAAUUUACAUAGAGGUUGUCAAUAUGAAAUUCGAAUAGUCCGUAUCACUGAUACUGGUCAAUCCACAGUGAGUGGUUCAAAAAUUGUCCAAAUUCCAAUCACGCACCCUACAUCACUAAUCAACAAUAACUGGAGAAUCUUCUCGACACAUAAUCAAUAUUUAUUGAUCGUCAUGGUGUUAUGCUGUUUAUUUCUGAUAAUUUGUUUAAUCGGCGGUAUCAGCUUAUUGAUUUAUUGGUUCAAACAUAAAUCGUCCUCCUCCUCAUCAUCAUCAACAUCCUCCGCGAAACUGUCAAAACAUGUCAAUUCCAUGAAAAAACACAAUUGCUAUUCACAAGCAUUUCAUUGUCAAUCAGCACAAAACAACACAUCAAUUGACCGAUUCAAACAACCAUAUACAAAUUGGACAUUGAAUGAAAAUUUAUCACCGAAUCAUUCGGAUUAUUUAACCGACCAUAACAUGUUGAUGUUAAUGAAUACUGAUAGUAAAGAUACUAUUUAUCAAUUAGACAGGUCAUGUGUCUGUCAGUCAAACGAUGCUUAUCCUACCCAUGCUCAUGAUGAUGAGAAUCGGACAUCGGACAUCAAUAAUAAUCCUCUACCAUCAUUAAUAACAACCAAUUGUGAUCCGUAUGUAAAUAAUUGUGUGACAUUUUUUAAAAUGCCUCAUUCACAGACUAGUACAUUUAUUACUGAAGAGAAUUUAUGCAAUUCAUUGAUUAAUAUUGAAACUAGUGGUGGACAAAUGUAUCAAAGCAAUUUAUGGAGUAAACUUUGA